UUCACUUUGUAAUCCUACUACAGCACCCCUCUUUGCAUCCCCCGUUGGAAAAUCCUGGCUACUCACCAGCCAACAGCAUAUGUAAUUUAUAACUAAGGUAACUAGGUAAAAGGGGUUCAUAUAUAUUUAUAGUAGAUGAACCUAAUAAUUGUUCUGCUAUUAUUACAAAUCCUUGGAAUAACUCCAAAACAUUACCUUUUAGAAACUAAUCAGGACAUGCUGCGAGCUGAAACUAAGCAGGAACAACAGGGCAAGGAGUCUGAUUACAUAGACUUACCUCCUCUUCCUAUUCCUACCCUGAAUAUACCAGGGCUCACGCCAAGCAGAAUGCCAAUGGGAGGAAAUGGUACAAUGAUGGGAAUGAUGAGAAGACCUGGACUCAUUGAACUGGGUGGACCGGGACUCUUUGGACUGGGAGGAUUAGCUGAAUUAGCAGGACUACUUGGACUUGGAGUUGGUGGUGCUGCACUGCUUGCAGGGGACUAGCCAGGAGCAGAUAUCUUUAAUAAAUUCUGCUUGAAAUAUCAGACCUACCUGAUUAUAUUAGAGUUUAUUUCAAAAAGAAUAUUUACUCAUUGAAAUAAAAAGAAUGUGAAACUAU